AUGGAAAUAGCGCUGUUCACGUGUAAAGAGGUACAAAAACGAUGGCGGUCCAUUCGCGACUCCUAUACGAAGACGUUCAGACAGGGCAAGUGCGUGCUCCCGGAGCAGUGUCCGCCGAGCAGUAGGAGAUAUCAAUACCAUCAACAGAUGUCAUUCUUAUUGAAGGCACUGCAAAACAAGAAACCUAGAUACUCCCAAGACAAAUACGAAUCGUUCUCCGAGCUUUCAAACUCCCCCCAGCACCCGCCUCCUGAAGAUAUUCUGCCAAAAAUAAAAAACGAAAUCAUAGAGAAACCGUUAGACCUCAAAACCAAAAACGAGGAGAAACAAACCUCAGAUAAAUGCAACCAAGCCAACUGUCUGGAUGCACCACCAAACUCCCUGGAAAUCAAAAUUGAUGCAAAUUCAAUCUUACCCGAAGACCAUUUUGAUGAUGACAAGCUUUUCAUGAACUCCUUAAUACCAUUAUUCAAAAAAAUGAAUGAUGAUACCCGAUUACUGUGCAGAAUUGAGGUCCUUAAGAUCAUCAGGUACGCUCUACAAGGGCACAAGUGUUUUGAGGCCUUGAAGGUAGCUGAAGACAAUUACUUUAAGGAUCGGAUGAGCGGGAUCCUGGCUAAGGAGGAUACUGACGUGUCUAACAGCUCGCAGAAAGGUCAAGAGUCGAGGUUAUCAAUGACCACACGGUCAGCUGAUGGCAGUAGACCCGUCAGGAAAAGGAGACCUCGAUCUCCUUCUCCAUUGCCGGUGCCAAUCAAAAAGAGAGGUCCUGGCCGCCCAAGAAAGAUACGCCCUCCACCAUCUGAUUCUGAUGAAGAUCAUAACAUCACUCAAAAAAAACGGCUGCCAAAGCUGAAGGUGCCAGAUACUCCCAUGGAGGAAGAUUCCUUAAAUAAUGCUACCAGCGUGGCUCAACUCUCCACACCCAUGUUCAUGAAAAUGUACAACCUAGAACGUUCCAAAGCGGCCCCGGCACUGACACCACAGAACUUACCUUUCCCAAUCAAAACGGAACCAGCCAGCCCUGAACCACAGUCUUAUUAA